CCAAGUCGCCCUAAGAUUUUGUGAGUUUAUAUUUUGCAUGACGGUACAACAGGACAACAUUAUGCUUGCUUGACUGUUUGUGAGCCUCUUCCCAUCUCACGAUCACGUGACUGCACUGAACCCAGUGCAGUGGUUAAAUCAGACACUAAAGGAGCUCGGAGGUGAAUCUGUUGGGAUUAACCACCAGUCAGUAUGGUUAGCCUCUCCCACAGGUCGAUGGCCACUGACUGCAAACACAUACGCACUUACAGUACACCUUAGGCACUUUACAACAUCGGCUCGUAAUGGCGUCAGUGACGGAAGAGCUGACAUGCUCUGUCUGCAGAGAUAACUUCAGCCAAUCCCACCCCCUUCCCUGCGGUCACAACUUCUGUCCUACCUGCAUCCGCGAGGCCUGGGGCGCCCGUGGUGAGGGCAAAGGUCAUUUUACAUGCCCCCAGUGUGCGGAGGAGCACGGCGAAGUGCUGUGUGACUGCUGCUCCCCAGAGGCGGACGAAGGGCUGGUGCACUUGGCUGUCAAAACGUGCCUAAGGUGCGAAGUGUCACUGUGUGCAGAACACCUCCGGCACCACAUGGAAAGACCUGCAUUUAGCAACCAUUUGUUGGUGAAUCCGCUGGGUGACUUGUCUCGGCGAAGGUGCCCCACACACACAGAGCUACUGCGCUACUACUGCGCCGAUGAGAGGUUAUACGUGUGCUGUGACUGUCUGAUGGAGGGAAGCCACGUGCAACAUAAAGUCAAGGGGCUGAGACAGGUGGAAGAGGAUCUAAAGGUGAUUCUCCAGACGCUGCUCGGGAAGUCAGAGGAGAAAGUAAACAAUGGAGAGCAAAUCCUCAAAGAGUAUGCCGACAUCGAUUCCACCAUCGGAGACUGCCUGAUGGAAGAAAAUACCCAAGUGGCGCGCCUGGGCUCGGACCUGCAGGUCCAAGUGGAGAAACUGGUUGUGGGGCUAAUGGAGAUCACGAAGAAGGACAGAGAGCAAAUCAUUGAGCGCGUGCAUGAAGACUGUUCCAAUGUGAGGGAGGACAUAAACCAGAUGAUGAACAUCCAGCACUACUUGACCUCGCUGCUCGCAGAGACUGACCCCUUCCUGCUCAUCUGGGCCUUUCAGUCUGAUGACACAAAGUUACUAGAUGACCUGAGCAGUCCCCUUUUCACACCCGAACCUGUCAGUUUGGACAGGAAGCACAUUUUGGAGGAAAUAGAGGGCAAGUAUCGAGAGUUUAUCACCGCCACCCUCUGCUGCCUCGGUGAACUCAAGAGAGAGCUCUUGACCAGUCCUCUGACUCUGGACACCAACACAUCUCAUCCUCUUCUGAGGAUCUCCGAUGACCUGCGAUUGGUCGCAAGGGUUAAAACACGUCUUACCUGCGCAGCUCACCCAGAACGCUUCGACCACUGGCCACAGGUCCUUACAGUUCAGAGUUUCUCGGCUGGGACUCAUUAUUGGGAGUUUGAAGCUGAAGGAUUCUGGGAUAUCGCCGUCUGCUAUAGGAGUAUUGGACGGAAGGGGAAGGAGGGCAAUUCCUUUGGCAACAACAUGUUUUCAUGGAGUUUGACGCAGCAACAUGACCGGAAACUGGCCGCUUGGCACGACCGCAAGAAAACACGUCUUACAUACAAAAUGACUGGCAAACGAGUUGCAGUUGCUGUGGACUACAGUGCGGGCACCAUCACCUUCUCUGAAGUGGGACCGUCGAGCCAUCUAACUCAUGUCCACACUUUCUGGACCACCUUCUCAGAACCCGUGUCCUUGGGCUUUGGACUUUAUAAAUCGGAGCUCAACAGCCAUAUUUCUAUUGUAAAAGUUUGAGAUGCCCGAGGGAAGGGACAGAGCUAGGUUACGAUGCUGAUGGGUAAGCUAUAGUCAAACUGUGGUGACAAGAUCAUAACCCAUAACCCAUAUUUAUAACCUCAUCUCUUCAAGUCAUAUUUGUAAGAAUUGGGUUGCAGAAACUGGAAAACGUUGCAUUCAAUGUAAUUAUUAUAUAGGCAGAUAACGAUAAAGAAAGUGAGGCAAAUACUCGAAACUGUUAAAUAUAAUUAAAAUACAAUGGGACAGCCAAAUACUACCGUUAAAAAAAAAAUAAAAAAUAAACCUGACAGACUUUUGUUGUAAUGUCAUUAAAAAUGUACUGUUAAGUGAAUUAAGUCAUUCCAUGCUCAAUCUGUUGUCGUCAUAAAACCUUGAAUUACACAAGGAUUAAAAAAAAAAACAUGUUAUUGACUGUCACUGUAUAAUUGAAAAAAACUAAAAUGAAGUAAAACAAACAAAAAAAAACGAUAGAAGAAAACUAAACACACUUGUUAAGUCUAUUGGUGCUCACUGAGCUGAAGUCUCAUAAGAUUUGGCAAUGUCGUGUGUAUUAUCGUGUAUGAUGACGUUUUGACCUCCAAGUGUUUUGCAUUUUGAGGCCUUGCAGAAGAAAGCUUGA